AUGGCUUCUUUCACAACAAGUGUUAUUUCUCGAGCUAACGCUUUAGCUCUUCAAGGUUACAAGCAUUGUUGUCACGUUAUGCUACACUGUCCAGUGGAGGAAAAGCUGUUUGGUUUUUAUCCUGUCAAACAUGCAGUCCUGGUAAGUACAGUAUAUACCCGUAAACUCGGGUGAUAUAUAUAUUUUUAAUUUGCCUGCCGGUUACUAAAGGGGCCGGCUACCUAUUUCUUGUGUGUCUUGCCUUUAUUAGAAAGGGAAGUUGAAUAUGUACCUUAGAUUUUAUCGAUAAAUUGUAGGGUCAAUACAAUUUUUACCAUGAUAUGCAAUAUAAUGACUCCGUUUCUUACUCUCUCGAUCUCGUCUGAAUCGCAAGAGUGGCCCUAAGAAAAUUAAUUCAACUCAUUUCUUGAUGCUGGGACGUAAGACCCCUGGUGGCUUUUUAUCUUCAGUUUGACUUCAUCGUGCCUAUUAUAGAACAAUAUUAAGAAUGUGGCGAUUUCAUUAUUUUCAGUGCAUUACAUGUAGUGUCAUGCUUAACAUGCCUUGACAUUGUGUAAUGUGGUGCGUUGUGCACAAUUUCUUAUUCUCUCCUUUAUCGAAAAAAAAAAAAAACAAAGUAAAAAGGAUAGGCAAUAAAGCAGUUAUAAUCAUUAAAAUUGCUGUUUAAGAGGAAUUUCCAUGAGUAACCAGGAUGAGUAUAAAAUAACAUAAUCAGAUUAUCUUUAAGAACAAAGUUGGUUUCUCAUGAUCACCUCAUGGCCAGUCUCCUCCUAACCUCAUAGUUUCUACUGUAAAGUACAUUCUUCAGAGACUCUUAUGGGUAUAUGGGCAAUGAAUCUACUACACAGAUUUAGCAAUGCUAAGCAGCUUUGUUGUGCGUUAGAAGUCAGAACAUUUUUCCUGAUAAUUCUGCACUGCAUAACAAUCAUGGCUAUUUUAUUAUCAAUCACACCCUUAUUAAACAGCCAAAUUUCAAAUAAACACUUCGAACUUGCUAGGGACAUAUUCAAAACCAAUAUAUUAUCUGCCAUCGAUUCCUAAUGACCACACUUAGUUACCAGAGGAAAAUCAAUCGUUCACUAUGCUGCGAAAUUACUGGAAAACACUGCUGAGUCCAAAGAUAGGCAAAACUAAUUUUCCCUCAAAAAACACAGCAACACGAUUAUAUGGGUGUCCUAUCUAUGUUUUUAAAAAUGACGCGGUGAAUAUGGUAAUCUCAAUAAGUUAUCGUCUCUUAACUGGUGCUAAUAGGACAACAGAGUGUACAUUAAAUUGAUUCAGACAAUUGGUGACAAAAUGAGUUGAGACACUUUGCCCUAAACUGGGCUUUUUUACGUUUUAGUGACUUCAAAAGGAGGAAAUAUAGGUUUUCCUCCCCCAUUCUCUCCAUGCAAUGUUGUGCCGAUGUUCGAGCUACCUAUAGAAAACAACAAACACCCCAACUUCGAAUGGAGGGGAUAAGGGAGGGGUGUGGAUUCUUUUGUUCUCUGAGGUUGCCCUAUUUGAGUACAAUGUCUCAACAAUUUUGUUGCCGAUUUUAGGGUGUCCACUUAUAUUAUAUGACCACUUCUUCUGUAUAGUGUAAGCUUAACUAAAUAUGCAUUUUCUAUGCUUGGCUGUCGCAGCACCUGGUGGCCCCUUUUGUCUUACUUUUGCUCAUGGGUGACUAGAAAAUCUUAGUCUUUUUAAAGAAAUCCUUUGCCAGGCAUCCACUGCCUCCCCUCAGUUUUUUUUUAAGAGCACAGCCUUGAAUUCUGUUCCCCCUUAGGUUCAAUUUUGUGGGCAGCCAUAGAUACUAUUAUCUUGAUAAAGUGGCUAGCCCUAGUUAAGGGCUUCAUUUAGGUUUUGCAGGUGUAUCCUCUUUUUAUUGGUUCUACUCUAUCAAAGUUUUUGGUGUGUGUAACCUUGACUAACGGACACCUCCAGGGUGCCAAGAAAGUUAGUUCUACAGCUGCCAUUCAGGCAAGCUGUAGCUAGCACAUUCUAGCCCAAAAGUCAUUUCAUCUAGCCCCAAAAACUUUUUGAUUGGCAGGAUUGAUUACACAGUUCUUCUAUAAUUUGAAUUCCUCAAAAACUUCACUUGACUAUAAGGCAAGUUACAGUAAGAACAAAAUUCAGCAGCCCGAUAUCAAAAUCCACUAGCCCCGGGCUAUCGGACGUACUUUCUUUGCACGCUGACCUCUAUAAGACCGACACCUAAGUAAAACAGACACCCUUAGUUGGUCCUCGCCUUUUUUCCUCCUUUUAUUGACUCUCUAUAAGAUGGACAUUACUCUAAGAUGGACACUUAGGGAUGGUCCAGAAGGUGUCUGUCUUGGAGAAAGUUGAUUGUAUGCAAUUUCCAUAGAUGCAACUUCGUUUUGAUGGCUGCUUUGGUUUUCCUGGUGGAUUUGUUGAUGAAGGGGAAGAUUUGGAGACAGCAAUAAACAGAGAGGUUGUUGAAGAGCUUGGGAAAACUGUAGAACCAGUGAACAUUGAAAAAGACAACUAUGUUAUUUCUCAUUUAUACGAGGAAAAUGUUCCUGAAUUGAACUUGACAAAGAAACUUUGCCUGCACUUCUUUGCAAAGAAGGUUCCCCUGGCACAGUUCCUUGAACUUGAAAAAAGGAACCCCGAUGCCCCCGACCUUGGAUAUGAGGUAAGACUGCCAUUAGUAGUCAAGUACAUGUAGUUUCAGCCAUGGGUGAGGAGAUGGUUGGGGGUGGGGUACUCUCCCAAUAGUUGGGUAAAAGUUAGCCAUUGAAGGUUUGAAACCCUGACCCUGUUUGAGACAAACAAAUACUAAAAUGCAUACCCUGUUAAGGACAACAUCCUCAAUUUUAUUAACCUGUUCAGGACAAAGGACAAAAUGCACACCGUCUUGUUUUAAGUCAUUUAUUGGCAAAUACAAUUGCUUUUGUAUACUUGGAGCACAAACAAAUUUCAUCAAGCAAAUCAAAUCAAUCAUGUAGGCAAUACCCUGUCCAUAAUUAAGAACAAAAUAAUAAACGCUGUUUAGGACAGAGAGGAGAAAAACCAUACCCUGUCCAGUGACACAUCCCCGUAUAGGCCAUAUGCAGCUGUAAGGAUGUACCAUCUACCCCAGGGAGAUGGUUUGUUACUGUCAUAAUUAAGUCAUCUAAUAAUAAUGGAUAAUAAAAAAAUACAGAGGCUUGUGGUCCAGGGCGGAGGUUACUUGGGUUAAUUUUUGCUUGGCAUGUGCCACUGGUCUUGCAGAAUCCCUACCCCUACCCCUACCCCAUUAUAGCCUACACUUUAUUCUGUGGCCAAAUGUAGACCCCAUCUUAGUCACUUCUGGGAAAAUGUAAUUUUCGCGAUCCCAACUUAGUAAUUUUCAGCUCAUGCAUCUACUUUAUAAAGCCUUUUAACUAGGUCAUCCUGAGAUAAAUUGACACAUUCGUUAAACUUAAUGACCUACCUGAAUUUUCUGAGGCUCCAUUAUUGCCAAUCCAGCCGUGAAAAUGCACCCCCAUCCAGCAGCACAUCCCCAUUAGCCUAUUACUAGGAAGUAUCCCACCGGGUUGUGAUCCCAAUAUUGUCUCAAUAUUAUCUCAAUUUUUUUUGGUUGAGAGCUGUUGUUGAGAUCGUUUGUGGGAUGUUGUGGAGAGUUUAUACCCGUUUGAAUCUCUUCUCCUCAACGUUACGACAUUUGUUUGCUGUAAAGUGAUUACUUAAUGCCUUUUCGUAUGCACAAAAUGCUCCUGUAGAGUAAUGAAGAACUUAUCAUAGAAAUUUCAACAGGGAGCACUUAACAUUAUAACUUGAAAAAACUGGGUUUCAGCCCAUGUUCAUCCUUGCCACCCGUUUACAAACAGUUUUUAUGCCUAACUCUAUAGCCUUAAAUAACAUAACUGGACGAUUAUUGGAAUUCCAUUGAUGCGAAGAUACUCUUUAGCUUUGUAAAAACUGAGAGAGCAAAUAGCGUGACAUACAUGGAGCCUAUUUAAUCUUCCUAAUGCGUGGGCUUCACUUGACUCUUUCUAGGUCCUUGGUGUUAUUCGGUGUCCACUCUAUAUCAUGCGCGACAAAAAGGGUGGCUUUCCGUCAUUUUUAAGAAACAAGUUCGUGGGAAAUUCCAGAGAGCAGUUGCUUAUCGGAUUAGAGCACGCGAACGUGUUAACCCAACAGGAAAUCAGGGAGGCCGUCCAUUUGUCACAAUUAAUUCCAGAGAUCACGCCUAAACUCUGACGGGUUACUUGUGACAUGGAGGUCAAGUUAUGCGGAGCUAAUCUUGUGUGUGUCGGUGUGUGAUUUGGAAGAGCAGUAGAACUUGAAAUAAUUAUUACUGCUUGGGUACUCGCGAUAAACUGUGGUUUCCGCGCGCACGACCCACUUGUGAAUUAGUCGUACGUCUUCGGCAGUGGUCGGAAGUGUUCGCGGACGGCUUGGGUUUCACAUCAGUACUGGUGGAAGUCAAGCUAUGCAGAGGUAGUCGCGUGUGUAUGUGGGUGGCUCCACAAGUUUCUAAAUUGAGGGAAAAGGAAGAACAGCGGGUUAUAAAUAUCUGCGUGGGUGCUUGUGAUAAACUGUGGUUUCUGUACAAUUCACUCGUGAAUUAGUCGUAUGUCUUCGGCGGUGGUCGGAAGUGUUCGCGGAUGGCCUUGGAUUUCGCAUUAGCAUACUGAUGGAAGUCAAGCUAUGCAGAACUAAUCUCGUAUGUGAGUGGGUGACUCUACAAGUUUCUAAAUCGAGGAUAAAGGAAGAACAGUGGAUUAUAAAUAUCUGCGUGGUUGCUUGUGAUAAACUGUGGUUUCCGUAUCACUGAUUGUGCAGUAGUCGUAUUUCCUGGGCAGCGAUCGAUAGUCUUCGUGGGCAGCUUGGAUUUCACAUUAGUAAUUUUGGAUGGCACGUAUGUUGGGCAACUCUUUGUGUUGUCCUUUCAAAAAACCUUUUUACUCACGUGGGAAAUGUGCCAACUUAGUGUAUUAUGUAAGCACGGCUAAGAUAAGAACUACGCGUGGUCUCAUUACGCACCUUGUGAUUAUGAGGACCCAGUCUCGAUGGCCCCAACGUACUAAAUAUAGUGGAACCUCGAUUUAACGAACUUUCAUGUAACCGGCGAAGUCCUCGGUAUAACGAACGAUAUUCCUAGGCCCAGUAAUAGUAAAAUAUGUGGAAAAGAACCUCGAUAUAACGAAACCUCGUUACAGCU